AUGGCUGAUUUAGUUAAAGCUUUGCAAGUUCCAGAUAUUGCAUCUUUGUCAAUUUCUUCCAUGUCUGACUAUCACGCUAAUGCCUUCCCAGGUAAAGAUGCUCAACGUGAACAAGUUGUUGAUCUAUUAGACCAACAAGGUUUUAUUCCAGAUGACUUAAUUGAACAAGAAGUCGAAUGGUUUUAUAACUCUCUUGGUAUCGAUGACUUAUUUUUCUCAAAGGAACAACCAGCUUUAUUAGCAGACAUUAUUCACUCUCUAUAUGCUUCUAAAUUGGAUUCUUUUGCUAAGUCCGGCUUAAAGAAAGCUGAUUCCGCUAAGGCUUUAAACAUCAAGAAUAAAAUCAUUACUAAUGAUAACCAUGCUAUCUUCAUGGAAUCUACAGGUACUACUUUUUCUUCUUUGAUUGAAACUGCCGGUAAGAACAAUACUUCUGGUAAAGCUGAUUUUGAUGAUUCUUACCCACCAUACCAAUUGGAUGCUGAUGUCGAUGAUUUAUUCUUAGAUGCUAAGGAUAAGAAGACUAUGAGAGUUGUCUCCUAUUGGACUCCAGAAAGUGAUGUUAAGAUUACCUUCGCUUAUGAAAAUACUUUCCCAGCUGCUUCUGGUAAAAAAAUUACUCCACAACAAUUAAUUGCUGGUGACAUUGAUUCUAUCUCUGAUGAAUCUAUGGUUGCUAUGACUUCUGUUGAAAAUAAGAAAUUAUAUGGUACUUUGAUUAACUUAUCUCAAGAAAGAGAAGGUCCAGUUAUUAAGAUCACUAACUCUAAGGAAAACAAAGAUGAAGUUAGAUUCUUAGUUGCUUACAAGAGAGGUACUACUAAACAUUACUACUCUGAAUUGAAUUCUUUAUUCCAUUACUAUAAGUUACGUAUCAACAAAUUCUUUGUUGAAAAUUUCAAAUUAUGUCCACAAGGUACUGAUAACGAUGAUGUUGUCAUUUUCUCUAUUUACAUGGAUAAGACUCAACAAUCUAAGGAUUUAUUACCUCAAGAUUUAGAUCUAUCCAUCAAACAAAUUGAAAGAGAAGCUUCUUUGUUAUACACUAUUCCAAACAACAGUUUCGUUCAAUUGUAUGAACAACGUCUAUUUUCUCCACAAGAAGCUAUUUACGCUCAUGUUUCUGCUAUCUUCAUUGUCCAUUUCAUUAACAGAUUAGGUGAUGAUUACAAGAACUUGUUGACCCAAAUUGCUCCAAAGGAAAAUGAUGUUGUCAUGUGGGAAACUAUUGGUAACUUGAAGAAGAAAUUAAGAAAUGAAACUUUCACUCAACAAAUGAUCAUUGAUGUUUUACAAAGAUACCAUAACGUUGUCUCCAAGUUAUACAAGAACUUCUCCGAAGUUCACUACUGUCGUGAUCUAAACGAUAACAAGAUCGAAAAGACUUUAUCUUACAAGAGAUUAUCUAAGUUAGAACCAUUCAAGAACGACCAAGAAUUCGAAGCUUACUUGAACAAGUUCAUUCCAAACGAUUCUCCAGAUUUGUUAAUUCUAAAGACUUUGAAUCUAUUCAACAAGUCUAUCUUAAAGACUAAUUUCUUCAUCACUAGAAAGGUCGCUAUUUCUUUCAGAUUGAACCCAGCUAUGAUCAUUCCAAAGGUUGAAUACCCAGAUACUCCAUACGGUAUUUUCUUCGUUGUCGGUAACACUUUCAAGGCUUUCCACAUUAGAUUUAGAGAUAUUGCUCGUGGUGGUAUUAGAAUUGUUUGUUCCAAGACUCAAGAUAUCUACGACAAGAACACUAGAACUGUCAUCGAUGAAAAUUACCAAUUGGCUUCUACUCAACAACGUAAGAACAAAGAUAUUCCAGAAGGUGGUUCCAAGGGUGUUAUCUUAUUAAACCCAGCCUUAACUACUGAAAAGGAUACCUUCAUUGCUUUCACUCAAUACGUUGACUCCAUUAUUGAUAUCUUAAUCAGAGAUCCAUUAAAGGAAACUUACGUUGAUUUAUUAGGUAAGGAAGAAAUCUUAUUCUUCGGUCCAGAUGAAGGUACUGCUGGUUUCGUUAACUGGGCUACUCUACAUGCUCGUUCUCGUGGUUGUCCAUGGUGGAAGUCCUUCUUGACUGGUAAGUCUCAAUCUUUAGGUGGUAUUCCUCACGAUGAAUAUGGUAUGACCUCUCUAGGUGUCAGAGCUUACGUUAAUAAGACUUACGAAACUUUGAACUUGAAAGAUACUAAGAUUGCUAAAUUCCAAACUGGUGGUCCAGAUGGUGAUUUAGGUUCUAAUGAAAUUGAAUUAUCUACUCCAAAUGAAACUUACGUUGGUCUUCUAGAUGGUUCCGGUGUUCUAUGUGAUCCAAAGGGUCUAGACAAGGACGAAUUGAUCAGAUUGGCUAAGACUAGAUCUACUAUUGCUUCUUUCGAUAAAUCUAAGUUAUCUAAGGAAGGUUUCUUUGUCUCCGUUGAUGAUUCCGAUGUCAUGCUACCAAAUGGUGCUAUUGUUGCUAACGGUACUUCUUUCAGAAACACUUUCCACGUCGAAGUCUUCAAGUUUGUUGACCACAUUGAUUUAUUCGUCCCAUGUGGUGGUAGACCAAACUCCAUCACUUUGAACAAUGUUGGUGAAUUCAUUGAUCCAAAGACUAACAAGACCAGAAUUCCAUACAUUGUUGAAGGUGCUAACUUGUUCAUUGCCCAACCAGCUAAGAUUGAACUUGAAAACCACGGUUGUGUCUUCUUUAAGGAUGCUUCUGCCAACAAGGGUGGUGUUACUUCUUCUUCUUUCGAAGUUCUAGCCUCUUUGGCUUUGAACGAUGAAGACUUCGUCCACAAGUUUGUUGGUCUAGAAGGUCAAGACUUGGACAGCGGUAAGGUCGCUGAAUUAACCAAGACUUCUCCAUUAUACGAUGCUUACGUCGAACAAGUUCAAAAGAGAAUUGUCUACAACGCUGAACAAGAAUUCGCUCAAUUAUGGGCUAUCAACCAAAAGACUGGUACUCCAAUCUCUGAAUUAUCUGAUAAACUAUCUGUCACUAUUAACAAAUUGAACGAUGAUUUAGUCGACUCUGAAGAACUAUGGUUGAACGACACCAAGCUAAGAGACUACUUGUUAUUAGAAAAGAUUAUUCCAAAGUUGCUAACUGAUGUUGCUACUCCAGCUAAGAUCCUAGAAAACAUCCCAGACUCUUACUUGAAGGUCCUAAUUUCUUCUUACUUGGCUUCUUCAUUUGUCUACCAAAAUGGUAUUGACGUUGAUAUUGGUAAGUUCCUUGCCUUCAUCGGUGAAUUGAGAAGAGAAGCUUACAAGAACUAA